AUGGAAGGUGACCUAGUGUUCUCCUGCCGCGGCCAAGAAGAGCUGCGGAAGAACUUCGCCGCUCGCUACACCGGCUUUGUCUAUGUCUUUUUGCGAGGCUUCUACACUUUUGAGAUAGAGGCCGAUGAUGGAUUUCGGAUGAUUCUGGGUCACGAUGCAUGCCCAGGGCAAGGUUGUGCCACAAGGUACGAUGUCCAAAAUUGGGCUAUGCAGCAGAUGAGACAGAACAGAGUUGAUGAUGGAUCUUAUGGCAAUCAAUGCACAGAAUGUUCUCAGGGUGUCUACCUUAAUUGCUUCGUCACAGACUGGGGCUGCGAGCCUUUUAGCCUCUGGCAGUUAGAAGGUGAUGGAGGUCUCUCAGGCACCUGUAGUUCUGGGUCCGUAACACGGAGGAGUAAGCGAUGGUUGGAAGCUGGCUUGCAUCCUCUGCGUAUCGAGUAUUUCCAGCGUGGUGGAGAUGCAAAGCUAUUAUUCAGAUACUCAGGGCCUGACACGGAGGACAACAUGAUCAUAGUUCCAAGGCAAAAGUUGGGCUUCCCAAGAUACAUUGGCCUUAUGAAGGAAGUGUUCGACGUCUCUCAGGAUGACCCAACCAUGUUACCCCCUGCAGAAAAUCUGGGCGUGGGCUACCCCAACGCAAAGCUGCUUUAUCGGACCGAUGAUCAGUUCCAAAGCACAGGCCCCGGAGAGGGAGCCUUCAGUGACGAGCUCGAGCUGCUGGACAGACCGAUUUACAUCCGAUGGCAGGGCUACUUUCUCAUCGCCAAUGGCGGAGAGUAUAUCUUUCGCAUUCGCUCGGACGAUGGCGGCCGCCUGACCAUGGGCGGCCGUGGCCUUGGGGGUGAGUCCUUGAUCGUGGCAAACGAUGGUCUACAGGAGGGAGCCUCCACGCAGGACUUCCGCCUCACUAUGCUGGCCGGUUUGCACCCCGUACGGAUUGAGUUCUUCUGGAAGCCGGAUGCCAAUCCGGUAGUCUCCGUUGCCCGACCGCCCGGGAUCCAGGCAGGUGCGUCCCAACCACUCAAUCAACGAAAGAUUUUUCCAAACCACCACCACUGCUGCUGCUACUACUGCUUGCAACUGCUCCUACGAUUAUCGCCACAACCAGAGCAACUGCCACUGCUACUGCUAUUACUCCUCCCUCCUCCUCCUACACCUUUUCCUAUCGCUACUACCACGACGACGAGCAAGAAAUCUCAAUCUACCAGCACAAGGCAUCUACAACCUACAGACCCCUAA